CUGUCGCAGCAGCAGACAGACGACUUGUGAUUUCAUGGCGAUCGUACAGACUUUCAUCACUUUUGCUUCCUAUUUUUGGUGUCUCGAACCGUACGAGAAUCUGAUUUAGAACUACUUUAGCAAAACWUGCCGACAAGGAUGAGAAUGCGUCCGGCUUUGUGGGCUGUAGUGUUAGCAUUGUAGCUGCGAUGCAGUCGCCGUUAGCCUGGACACAAACAGACAGAAAAGAGGUMUCCACCGGCGGGUUUUACAUCUGAUCGCACAGUCUCUGUUAGUUUCUCUGGAAUGCAUCUGUCUAAGAAAUGUUCCGUCUUCAAAGUGGUGCUGAGUGCCCUGCUGAUAGUGGCGCUGCUGCAGCUCAUCUACCUGUCCUUCCUGUCCAAGUUUCACGGUAAGCAGCAGCGGUACCGCUACUCGGAGCUCUUUGGARGCUCUGCGGCCAAGAAAAAUGUCCAGUCCGAGAAAAACACACGCAAAGAGCGGCUGAGGUACUCCCUGUCCACCGGAGGGAUCUUCGACAGCAGCGGCCAGUACCGGGUGUACAAAAACCUGAUCAAAAGUGAUUUCACCACAAAUCAGAGAGCAGGUCCAGACKCUAGUGGACUGACUUUAGCCACGCAUACUACUAUCAACAACCUGCAUCACCUGGAGCAUCUACUGGAAAGGUGGCAGAACCCUCUGUCCGUGGCUAUAUUUGCACAUGGGGAAGAUGUUAAAUUCGCYACAGCUCUGGUUUAUGCACUCAGCUUCUUCUGCCCUCAGAUCCAAGCCCUGGCCGACUUUCAUUUGGUCUGCCUGUCAGGAGAGACGGCCAGUUUCCCCGAGCAGGACCGUGAGCACUUUGCAGGACUCGAGGACUGCGCCUCCGUGUUCGCCAGACUGGAAACCCACCGAGACAAGUACAAAAACUACGCCAUCAAUGGGAACAUCUCCUACCCGAACAACCUUCUCCGCAACGUCGCCCGCAGCGGCACGGAGUCCUCCUACGUCCUGGUCCUCGACAUCGACAUGAUGCCGAGUGCCGACCUGCCCCAGCAGUUCCUCGCCCUGAUCGCCGGGCGUGAGCCAGCCAGCGACGAGGUGUUCAUCUUGCCAGCUUUCGAGAUCCGCCACGCCAGGAAGGUCCCCGCCACCAAGGCCCAGCUGGUGCAGCUUUACCAGGUCGGGGAGGUCCGCCCGUUCUACGAAGAGCUGUGUCCCCGGUGUCAAGCCCCCACCAACUACUCGCAGUGGGUCAACAGUCACGUUAGGGAGACGGGCACUCUGGAGGUUGCCUACACCCUCAACUGGGUUGACCCCUGGGAGCCAUUCUACAUCGGCCCUCGCACUGUACCCCUCUACGACGAGAACUUCAAGCAGUACGGCUUCAAUCGGAUUAGCCAGGCCUGUGAGCUCCAUGUGGCUGGAUACAGGUUCUCCGUCCUGAGCUCUGGUUUCGUCGUGCACCUGGGCUUCAAGCUCCAAGGAGAGUUCCACGCCAAGAAAGAGGAGGAGAACAAACAGAACCGACUUCUGUUUCGCAGCUUCAAAGAGGGCCUAAAGACCAAGUACCCAUCCUCUACUCGACGAUGCUGAACAAAGAGGAGACAAAGUUUUUCUACUCGACUUUCAAAGYCAGCACGGCUUAAGUUUUCUGAUUAUUAGACGCACAAAAAAAACUUGUUUAGAAACUGGUGUGAACUGCGAAGUGGAAACGUUUUGUUCCAACUUUUUAAAAAAUAUUUUUCAAAMGAACAAACACUAACUGGAUCGUGUUUGAUCAGAGUUUAAGCAUUUAAGCUAUGCUUUCUAAUUUAUUAUCAUGAAUUUGUCUGGAAAAAACAGACACGACAGAGGGAAUUUGAGUAAGUCUGAUAACGUUAAAGAAAAGAAAUCUUUUAUACUUCAAGUCASCUGACUGAGGGGUGCCUUCUUCCUUAUCGACACCAUGGAUAAGGAAGGUGCCUGUCCACGCUACAUUUUUAUGGGAACACAAAAAACUUUUACCAAGACCUGGUGACAUUUUUUGAGAUUCCCGUCAAACAUCGGGAAAAAAAAUUACUUAAGCUGUUAUCUUA